AUGGUCGCUGUUCCGGCCGAAGAUCCGGACGACAAAAAUCCGAUAAAAUUGUUGGAAGAGUUUAAAAUCAAGGAGAUUUAUGAAAAUUACACGGUAAGUGUUAUAUUAUCCAUUUUUAAGAAAAGAAAAACGUGUUUUUGUUUAGUACGACUUUGCCAGUGAACGCAAAACUUUGAAGACGGACGAUUCGGAUGCGAACUUUGAAUUUGAAGAGCAAACCGAGAGACUACGCAUGUCAUUGGUCGGUUUUUAAGUUUUUCGAUAUAUUUUUCUACAAAGCUGUUUUCAGGGAAACCAUCUGGACGUGCGUGAAUUCGACAGUCACACCAGUCUUGUUCACGACUUUUUUCGCUAUCGAAAAGUUUUGGAGUACGUUUUUCCGUCGAAAACUCUGUAAAAAAAGAGACAUUUUCAGACAAAGCUUCAUCUGUCGCAACAAGGCGUUCCUCAAGUUGUGCGAGAUUUUCGACAAUUUUCCGACGGACAUUUUCCAAAAAAAAGAUUUUCGGUGAGCAUUUCGGCUGACAAAUCGAUCUUAGCGCUAAUUUCGCUGCUUUUCCAUCCGGUUCCGACGAAAUUUAUUGAAUUCGAGCUCCAAGAAAGAACAGUAAAGUUAGCGCUAAAAUCGAUGAGCCUAAACGGCGAUUUUGCGCGGUUACGGUUGACAACGCACGAAAAAUAGAAAAAAAAAACAUUGUUUGUCCGAUUUGCAGCUCGUUCCACCUCUGCGAAGGCCCCGGAUAUUUCAUCGAGGCGACCUACUACCACUUCCUCCGUUCAAAGUCCCCGGGAACGUGGUCCUGGGCGGCGAACACCCUGAAUCCGUACUUUGAGAACACUUCCUGUCUCGAUAAGCUCGUCGACGAUUCGCACAUCCGCCGCCACAUGAACAAGUGGUUCUUCGGGCCCGACGACGACGGCGACGUCGCAAAACUGACGGAAAAGUAUCUGAACGAGCACAAACUCUCGGGCACCUUCGACCUGGUCACCGCCGACGGCAGCACGAACACGAACGGGCGCGAGCACGAAAAGGAGCGCAUUGUGGCGAAGAUCAUCCGCGCGGAAGUGCAGACGGCCCUCCAACUGCUCAGGACCGGCGGACGGCUCGUGCUCAAAGUGUUCCGCUUCUGCAAUCCCGAUACGCAGGAUGUGAUGCGCGUGCUUGCCGACAACUUCUCCACCAUCAAGGCCUUUAAGCCCAUUUCUAGUAGGCCGGGAAGUUCGGAGGUUCGUGAGGAAUGUUAUGCAUUCGCGGGCGGGUUUUGCACGGAACGAAACUUCUCAAGCUGCAGGCUCUGCGCCUUUAAAUUCGAGAGAGGACACCAGAAUUUUAUGGCAAAAACCAAGGCUGAGCAAUUGGCCGGCCCGAGCUUUUCGUUGGCCGACCAUUGACCUGGACUUUUGAACCACUUGCAAUAUUCCUAUCGGACCCAAACUUUGCAGGGUUUUUUGACUUGGAUUGAGGGCCAUUGGGACCAAGUUUCAGCCCGAUCGGAUCAUCAGGUCCCGAGAUAUGUGGAUCAUUGGCCGAUUUUUUUCCAAAAAACCCGGGCUUCCGGCCAAUUUCGGACAAUGAUCCACAUAUUUCGGGACCGGAUGAUCCGAUCGAGCUGGAACUUGGUCCCAGUAUGCUUCAACCCAUGUCCAAGAAGCCUGCAAAGUUUCGGUCCGAUCGGAAUAUUGCAAGUGGUUCAAAAGUCCAGGUCAAUGGUCGGCCAACGAAAAGCCCGGGCCGGCCAAUUGCCCAGCCCUGGCAAAAACCGAUUUCGGACGGAUUUUCAAAGAGAAAAGUUUUCAACAAACCAUUUUUAGCUUUUUUGAUAGUUAAAACAAAAAACUGCCUUAAAUCGGCUAUUUCUCCCAGAAUUGUAAUCGACCGUGUCCCCCCUCGAAUUUCUCAUCGUCUGAUCCACAAAAGCGUUUCAGAAGUACAUAAUCUGCGACGGAUUCGGCGGUCAGUGCUACAUGGACAAGAUGCUGUUGGUGGAUUGCGACGAGAAGUACCUGAGUCACCAACUGAUUCGCAUCCGCUACGCCAACGACACGUACGCCUCGCGCCGCGUGCCGUACACGUGGCAGAAUCGAAACGAUUUCAUCGCCGACCAGAGGCCGAAGUUGUUCACCGCACAGUCAGUUUUUAUCGAAAAGAAUUGUGGAAAAGUGCGUUUUUAGGUACGCCGAUUACCAGAAAACCAUCGGGAAAAUGUUCCCGAUCGGAGUUUUCGAACGUCGGAGCCCUUGGAUGAAUCUUUACGGUUCGAAUCUGAUUCGAAGACAUCAAUUCGAUAUUCCGACGGCCGUCGAACAGUACAUUAAUACUGUAGGAGUCGCAAAAUUUAUUGUGAACUCAAAAACAUUUUUCAGGCGCCGGUUUUCGAACCACCGUACGAUUACAACGUUCCCGACGUUCUUGAAAAGUUCAGCAAAACGGGCAAGGUGAGGGCGAAUUGUUUUGGGCCGAGUUUGAAGAAAAAUGAAAAAGUUCGGCCACGUGUUCAGUGAAAAACAACUAAAAAAGACGGCACUUUGUUUAAAACGUUGCAGUUUUAGAUAAAUGUAGUCGUUAUAGAAAAUCAGACUUGCCAAAUCCCGGGCCGGCCCGGCCCGGCCCGGUUUUGGCCCGCCCCGGCCCGGCCCGGCCCGGUCGGCCCGGCUCCGCCCACUUUUGAGAAAAUUUUCGUAAUUUUUGUGAAAAUUUUGCGACUAAACAGCAAUUUCUAUUUUUUAACAUGUUUUUAUGCUAUAACAUUGCCUUUUUAAGUCUAUAAAAUUUUAAGUCUAUAAAAUUAUGUUCAUUUCGAAGUUCUAGUUCGCUUUGAAUUUUUAGGUGCAUCCUCCCGGGCCGACCGGGCCGGGCCGGGCCGGAAAAUUUCCAAUUUUGGCCCGGCCCGGCCCGGCCCGUUGCAAGUCUGUAGAAAAUCGUAUAAAUAUUGUCGAUUUCAGAUUUGCGUCACUUCAAAUGUCCGUCUCGAGACCAACGAUUCAUUCUUCAUCGAGCCUAUCGCGUAUCUGGCAAUAAGACAUCAUGAACCAAAAGUAAUAGUGAAUUUCAUGUUGCGCUCGAACAAUUUCCACUCCAAAAUCGACCGACAAUAUAUAUUUCUCUUCCAGGUCUACUACGACUACUUCGAGAAGUACGCCCAAAUCAACCGAUCGCUGCAAGACGCGUGGCGAGACCAUUUGCUCGUCGACAACACCUCGGAUCCGGGCAAAACGCACUACAAACUCGAAAUGCACGAGUCGAUCUCGAUCGAACACGUCAUCAUUUUGCUCAACGAAGUGUUCGUCAAUGUACGAUUUAUCGAUUUUUUUCCCCGCGAUUUUCAAAACCCGCCAUUUGCAGAAAGUGUACUCGCUGACGUUGGUGUUGGCCGGCGAAUCGACGGCCCCUCUGUACCUUUCGCGCCUCUCCGCCUCCAUGUUCGUUCUCAUGUACAUGGUGUACAAAUCGGUGGAAUAUCGAGAGCCCGGCGUCAUGUACUACUCGCAGCCGGUCAGUUUUUGGGUGGGGGGAACAAAAAUUCCUGUAAAGCUUCUGAUUUCAGCGAUCCUGCGGUCCAGUGCUCCACCAUCUGAUCCGUUUGCGCCAGGAAAUGUCGGAAAUGCGCGACGGAACGAGCGUGCGUUCGUUCCUGCCGAUCAGCCUCCUCGCCCUCUACCACUCGAUUAUUUGCUUCAAAAAUUUGGGCCACCUCACAUCGAUCUAUCACAAAUAUCAGACGGCGGUGAACGAGAAAAUGGACGAGGAGAUGGAGGGAAUAGAGGGAAUGGUGGAGGAAGAAGAAGAAGAAGGGCAGCUAGUCGACGACGAGGAUUUCGACGACGCCGAAUCCGUCUCGACGACCGGCUCGUUCUACAAUCGCAACGGAUACCGGAACGGAACGCCGCACUACGGACAGGAUGACUCGGAAAAUGAGGCGCCCGUUUUUAUCGGCGGGAACGGAAGAUGGCAGGAAGACAGUGAAAGCGAAGACGAUGGCGAAGAAAAUCCAUUUGAAAUGGACGAAUAA